AUGGACGAUAUCAUUGGAGCCGAUGUUAUAUUAAAGGCAUUCGGUUCUCCUGGUGACCAGGUCAGUACAGACAUAUUGAGGCCGUUGAGUUCCACUGAGAGUCCCCACUUUCCAAGCUGGCAAGAUGCUGCAAAUGCCGUUGGCAUCGCUUCUCCGGGAUCCCACAACGACAGUCGCCCGCAUAUUGACCGUGUGGACAGGACAAUUUUAGCAAGUGCAGAGCCGCUGGCGGCCAGUUUUGAUUGCUUGUUAUGCCCCUUUUGCAAACGGCCCUCGCUUAAAGACUUGCAUGCCGUUCAUGUCGCCGAAUGUAUCAAGAACCCGGAAUCCGAAGCCGGUAAAAAAGCCGCCGCGACUCGCCAGAAAACCAAGCCAGAAGUAAAAAUUGAGUCGCCUGCGAUUGCCGAGAAAAAAAUCGAGGUCAAAGUCGAAGAAAAACCUGGCAAGAAACGCAAAGCCCCUGCCUCAACCUCGGCCACGGCUCAGCCUGGAGAGCAAGGUAAAAAGCGCGCCCGCAAAGAACGUCAGCCAAAACAGCCGAGAGCCAAGGCUCCGCUUAAUCUCGACAAGCAAUGCGGUGUUGUUCUGUCUAAUGGCAGUCCCUGUAUGCGUUCUCUUACUUGCAAGGCCCACUCCAUGGGAGCCAAACGAGCUGUUCAAGGCAGAAGCAUGCCCUAUGAUGUCUUGCUCGCCAACUAUCAGCGACAAAAUCAAAUCAAAGCAGGCUCCAACAUCAAAUCAUCUGAGCCUGCCGAGCCAGAAGAACCGCUCAACCCAGAAAAGGAGUAUCAGCAGAUUGUUGAGGGCAUGCGUAAAGUCCAUUGUAUUCCCCUACAUCGCAGAGUUCUUAUGCCUACACGCAUGCGAACCAGGAACUUUAGACUCCGCGAAAUGUUGGCGCUGGCGCUACUUCCUCGCGGAAUGUCCGGCACUGGAGAUUCCCUCUUUGGACGGACUUUAGCAUUCCGACCUGAGAACCCCAGCCAUCUACAAUAUGUUCGUGCUCCUGCUGUUCAGCGAGCGAUGUAUCUAGCCGCACUACAGCAGCAACAGCAGCAACAACGCCAGCAGCAACAGCAGCAGCAACAGCAACAACAGAGAAGAUAG